GGGAACACCCAAAUACGAUUUGUUUGGCUGGUCACAAGAGUUGCUUAUGGCCUUUCUUACAAAAUAAGAAUGUUUAUAUACCUUACGCUUUCAAAUCAAAUUACGGGAGAGCCCAGAGAGCAUUAAUAAUUACUGCUUUAUCCGAGUUUGAGUCUUUGACAUGCAUCAGGUUUAAAUACAGAUCAAGAGAGAUGACCUAUCUUCAGUUUAUUGAUGGGAUAGGAUGCUGGUCAUAUGUAGGAGCAGGAAAACAAAAAGCACAAGAAAUAUCACUGCAAAAACCCCAUUGUAUGGAUGUUGGUAUAAUACAGCAUCAGUUGAUGCAUGCACUUGGUUUUUAUCAUGAAAGUUCUCGAACUGAUCGUGAUGACCAUGUGGAAGUCAAAAUGGAGAACAUUGAAAAAGGCUCAGAGAAUAACUUUAAAGUAAAGGAAUCCAAUAACUUGGUGACAACGUAUGAUUACAAUUCAGUUUUGCAUUUUGGAAGGUAUGUUUUUUCCAAAAGUCCUGGUUUACCAACCAUAGUGCCAAAACCAGAUCCAAAUGUAUAUCUUGGACAAUUGAUGGGAUUCUCCGAAACAGAUAUUUUAAAGAUAAACAAGCUAUAUCAGUGCAAAAUAUGUGGAAAUCUACUCACUGAAAAUUAUGGAUAUUUCACCUCUCCAAAUUUUCCAAACUUUUAUCCUGAUUACGCCAACUGCAAGUGGAUGAUCCGGGCACCUUGGCAUCAUAAGGCGUGUGGUAACUGCAUAAGAAAUAUAAACAAAAAUUUAAAAAUGAAAUAAUCUUCAGUGAAUGGAGAAACUAAUGGAAAUUAUACUCUCAUGCAUUUUCUUCUUUCUAGCUAUGUUAUUACC